GGGAGCUGCUGUAAUUGUGCGCAUAGAGUUAUUCACUUCAUUUUAAGCGAUUAAUUACUUACGUUCGUGUUUUUAUGGACGCACACUUGGAAGCGCCGCCCUCGGUGCGUCUCACCAACGAUGACUUCCGCAAGCUGCUCGCAACGCCCCGUGCUCCGCCUCCUAGUGGCAGCUCCACUAGCAGUGCGACCAGUGGAGGAUCUUUGGCCACAGCCCAGUUCGCGACGCCUGCUGCCGUUGGUGAGAAAAAGAAAAGUCAGGGUAGUAGCGAGCGAAAUGAUUUGCGACGCAAGAAGAAGAACUUCUAUGCUGCACUCAAGAAACAGGAGGAUGUAAAGCUGCAGGAGCUGUCGGAGAAGUACAGAGAUCGUGCACGGGAGCGCCGCGAUGGUGCCAAUCCGGAUUACCAAAAUGUGAGCACGCCCGGCCAUGGCAGCAGCACCAACGCCUAUCGUGCGGUGGCGCCGGACAUGAAAUCUGGAAUCGAUGCCGCUGAGCGCCGUCGCCGCAUUAUCCAGGAGUCCAAAUUCUUGGGCGGUGACAUGGAGCACACUCACUUGGUGAAGGGUCUGGAUUAUGCACUGUUGCAGAAAGUACGCUCAGAGCUGACGUCAAAGGAGGCAGAGGAGGAGGAAAUUGCGGCGGCAGUGGCACGCGAGAAAUUGGCUGAAGCAGCCGCUGCUGCUGAGCAAUUGGAGGCGGAACGACGGGAGGCCGAGGACAUUAAUGCCAUCAACAGUCCGUUGGCGCGCAACAUCUAUAAUCUUGUACAGGCUCGAAGGUCCAAGGAGGUGCCACGCAACGAGCUCUUCGCACCUGGUCGAAUGGCCUAUGUCAUUGAUUUGGAUGAUGAAAUGGGCGAAACCGAUAUACCCACAACACUGAAGCGCUCCAAGUUCGAAGUGCCAGUGGCGCAAGAAGAUAUUGCCACACUGACCACCAAUGAUAUUGUAAUUAACAAAUUAUCACAGAUUCUUAGCUAUCUGCGUGCCGGUGGACGCAACAAGAAGAACAAGAAGCGUGACAAGGAUAAGCCGCUCUUCUAUGAAAAGGAAAUGGACCAAGUGCGUAGUUCAACGAACUCCAGCAGCGGUGGAGCUGGUAAUGCCCCCAAAAACAGCAAAUCAGCACCUGUAGGCGAUAGCAUAUACGAUGAUGUGGGCGACUACCAGCCCACCACAACUCGCAGCGACCGGCAUCCUCGUGGCGCCGGAGUCGACAAAACCAAGACAACAGCUCAGUCCUAUUUCGGCGACGCGGCGCCGGAGGCAGUGGAACCUGUCAUAACCAGCAUACCGGCACCACCAAAAAUAUCCAAGGCCAUGGCCGCACGUUUUGCCAACGAGCCCGAAGGCUAUGCCGAAUGUUAUCCUGGCCUCGAGGAAAUGAACGACGCCAUCGAUGACUCCGAUGAUGAGGUGGACUACACAAAAAUGGAUCUGGGGAACAAGAAAGGACCGAUCGGACGUUGGGAUUUCGAUACACAGGAGGAAUAUUCCGAUUACAUGAGCACGAAGGAAGCUCUGCCCAAGGCGGCCUUUCAGUAUGGCGUCAAAAUGCAAGAUGGCCGCAAAACGCGCAAAAAUAAAACGGAUAAGAGCGAAAAGGCCGAGCUCGAUCGUGAGUGGCAGAAGAUACAGACCAUCAUACAAAAGCGCAAAUUACCCAAAGAUGGAGGUUCUGGUGGCGGAGGUGGCGGCGAUGAGCCAGAUUACAAGUCUGCUAAAUACUAGAUGGUCCGGGGAAUGUCAAGAAUUGAACGGAAGCAACAUAUUUUUAAACUUUAUGCUCUAUUUAUUAAUAAUUUUGUAAAACAUUAAAUAUAAUUGUAUAGUUCUUAA